CCCGUUGCCAUAGAACGUUCUUUGGAUAUUGCUGACCUUUAAGGAGGCUUUACGUUUGGUCCAUACCAUUAUCUCUGAAGUGAAGGGGUAUUAUUAUUACGAUUUUAAACAAACAUUGUACAAUAAAAUACGGUGAUCUUAAUCAAUUAUAACGCAUUUAAACAUGAUUGGAAUGUAUGAUUGUUAUGGGGUAACAUUUGGUAUUAUGAAAUAGAACAUGUUUGUAUGGUUUUUCCACAUUGGUUAGGUCUCCACUGAAUGUCCGAUGUUUCGAAAACCGUUCAGCAUGGUUGUGUCAGGAUAAGGUUUAUCCGUUAAAGAGAACCGUUUUUGCUACGUCAACAAGGUGAGAUAUUACGGUGAAGGUAACAUGGCAACAAGUAACAUUACUGGAGACAAUCAGCACACCUCGGAAUCCCAACAAGAUCGACCUACAGAUGAAAACGUGACAACAACGGAAUACUGUCGAAAGUUGCAGGAAUGGAUGUGGCAGUACUAUUGCGGAUAUGUCAACUGGCAGAUCUGGAUGGCGAUUUCUGCUCCACCGUUCCCUCCGUGUUAUUUUCCACAUUCAGUGAAUUCAACGCCGGCAGCGACUCUGUGGCCACCCGGCCAUGCCCAUUCAGAUGCCAGCAAUUGGCAUAAUAAUCCGUUUAUUUUUGCCUCUCCCCAUUCGUUUUCCCCCGCAUUCGCCGCUGAUGCUCGGACGGAGCAGGUGACAGCUGGUGCUUCAGUGACCAACACCGCCAGGCCCGUGCAAAUAACGCAAAAUGGGAAUGUACACCAACGAGGUCAGGAAUAUGCCAUCCCCUCUCCUCUGCGCCGGUUCUUAGCUGAAACGGUGGACUUCAUCAUCCUCUUCUGUGUGAAGGCAACCAUUGUCCUGGGCAUCAUGCAGCUAAGUGGUGCGAAGGAUUUUUCAAAGUUUGCUAUGCAUUAUAUCGUGGGAGAGGUUGUUGAAGACACUUCGUUGGAGGACCUGCAGAAGAUAAUGAUGGUCGCUCUCAUAUACAGGGUGCUGGUGUGCUUCUACGAGAUCGCCUGCAUCUCUGGAGUUGACGGAGCCACCCCUGGGAAGUUCCUCCUGGGCCUGCAGGUGGUCUCGUGUGACACCUCCGUCCCGGUGCAGUCCAGCCGGGUUCGGGUGGUGCCCGCGUCCAGCGUGUCCCUCUCUGCGUCCACGGUGAGAGCCUUGAUCAAGAACUUCUCCAUCCCCUUCCUGUUCCCCGCCUUCAUCACGCUGCUCUUCUUCCAGCACAACCGGACGGUUUACGACGUGGUGGCCGGCACCAUCGUGGUCAAGCGCGUCGGCACGAGGUGACCGGCCCGGGAUGCAGUGGGGCCUCGGACUCGGGAACCUGGGGGGGGGGGGGUUCCCAGAAUGCCCGGGAACUCCUAGAUGAGUCAUCGCCCAUCGCGGUGUCCUCCACAUCUGUAGCUGCACGGUCAUGUCGCAUUGUUUUAUUUAUGGCCUGUUAGGGUUAACAGUCAUUUUGGAUGACCAGCUGUAGGCAUGUAUGAGGGCUAUGCCUAGAUGUUUCUUUGCUUAAGCGCCCGUUGAGGUGAGAAUUAUAGCUGAAAGUAAAGAUAAAUGCAGUACGUUUUAAAAGAACGCUGGAGAAAUUCCUAUUUUUUUUUUAGACCAUUGCUCAAUUUUCCUUUUUGAAAAGUGAAGCCAUUUGGGGACGACGCAUUUAUGUUUUGAUCCAAUAGUUUGCUUUAAAGGGCAAUAUAAGUGCUGAAGAACUUUCGGUUUGCAUAAACUUCACUGCAAAGGCUGCUGGGAAUUCGGCUGAGGACUCGUUUCUGACGUAACCGGAGGUUCGCAUUAACCGCGGAGUAGGCUACGUGUAAUUUCACUGAGAAAGAUGAUUUUAUCUUUGUGAAAAAGAGAGGUAUUUUUCUAGAUGCUUUUCUGAGGCUUGCCUGUCUGGCCGGUUUGUUUCAGCGGUGGAAUGCCUGUCGUUUCUGCGGUGUCCCAGGCUCACGGCUGUGCAUCAUUACUCAAGCUACUUAUUGCAGCUGUGAACCCGAACUGGCCGAGUUGUACAGUACUGAACGAUCGCCUGUCUGACUUACGCCCCGAUCUCACGAUGUUUCAGUGACAUUUCAGCAGUAUUUACACAUUGUUACAGCAAUGAAAUAUUUAUGAAUAAACUGAAUUUUCAGCCUU